AAUGCAUUUUUAUAUAAUAUUUAUAUUUAAAUAAAAUCGUUAUUUAUUAUUAAAAUACCACUGACAGCACAUUCCAACUUCAACUGAAAUGUCCACCAGAGGGCAAAAACGUCAAAGUCUAAGUUGCAAAGACAGCACGCGAAAAAAUCGACUCUACAAAAAAAAUAUAUAAAAAGCUUUUUACCUAGUUUAAAUAAAAUUUCAAAUUUUCGCGAGUUUCCCGAGUGUUUUCGUGAUAUUUUGUGCAUCUUUUCAGGUGCCUAUAAAUGCAGUAGAGCCAGAAAAUUAAAUAAAAAUUGAGAUGAUAUACUACAUCGAUAAUGAAUGAAGAAAUAUCGGCAACUGGGCCACCGUCAACUUCACAAGCACUGCUAUUUGUUGAUCAGCAGCAGCAAGAGCAGUUCACACCAUUAAUUCAAGCGUCUUCGUCUUCACUGCCAUCCAUUUCCAACUCUCCCUCAUUACGUUAUCAAUCGACUCUUCGUACAUCACCAUCAAUGUCCCGAUUGACCAGUGAGCGACCCCUAAUAGUACCUUUAAAUAAUAGUAACUCUGCAAAUCACGUCGUAGCAGAAUCAACAACUUCCCAACACCAAUCUUUGACUAAUGAUAUUCAUUCCGUUACGACGACAGUAUUGAGCACAUCGGAGAACAAAGAAGAUGAUGCCACUUUAGAGCAAGAUCGCAAGCGUAUUAAGUUAGAAAGUGAUAUCAGCUCGUGUAAUGAUUUGGCGGCUCUCAAACGACGAAUACUCGAACACAAAUAUAUGAGAUUAAAGUCAGUAAAGGAAAAAUAUUCUGAACAUGUCGCGGAACUCUAUUUUCUUCAGUCUAAUAUGAAUAUGAUGGAAUACCCAACGUGGCGGAAAAAGCCACAAACUCCAGAGUUUAUCAAUUUUGUAAGAGCGCAUCGGUUAGAUCAAUCACCGUUAGAUGAAUUGGCGAUAUCGUCGAAGUCUCACUUAAAUGUAGCAUUAGGAACAGAAGUUAAAAUACCAGGAGUAGGAGCGACUCCAGUUGCAGUUUCCACUAGAUUGCCAGCCGCUGUUGCUCAACUUAAUCAGCAAGGCGGAGUACCAAUCAUACCUGACUCGGAUCAAAGAUGUCGUCCAUCACUAAACUCUUCGGUUGGCAAUACUGAUGUAGGUGGAAUAAAUAAUAGUCGAAAUUUAGCAAAUGGCACUGAUCAAUUCUCUGUAAAAGCUAAACAAGAAGUUUAUGUAAUGCAGCGAAUUAGUGAAUUACAACGAGAAGGUUUAUGGUCUGAAAAACGUUUGCCAAAGGUUCAGGAACCAUCAAGGCCCAAAGCACACUGGGAUUAUUUACUUGAAGAGAUGGUGUGGUUGGCUGCAGAUUUUGCACAAGAACGUAAAUGGAAAAAAGCUGCUGCAAAAAAAUGUGCUCGCAUGGUACAAAAGCAUUUCCAAGAUAAAGCAAUAGCUGUCCAAAAGGCCGAAAAAGCCCAAGAAGCUCAAUUAAAACGAAUUGCUGCAUUUAUUGCAAAAGAAGUCAAAGUUUUUUGGUCGAAUGUAGAGAAACUGGUUGAGUUUAAACAACAGACGCGAUUAGAUGAAAAAAGGAAAAAAGCUUUGGAUCAACAACUUAGUUUUAUUGUAGAUCAAACAGAGCGAUACUCAAAACAAUUAGCUGUGGGACUUAAUCAACCAAAUCCUAGCACUAGCAAAGCUAAUAGUCUUCAAUCUAGUCGAAUUUCAUCGCCACAUCAUUCUGCGGCAUCAGAUCAUGAAUUUCGUCCAAAUGAGAGUGAAAGUGAUGAUGAAACGACAAUUGCUCUUGCCGAGAAUACUGAUCAAUGCGCAAUAAAUGAAGAAAUUUCCGCAUUAAAAAGAGAAUCGGAAAUGGAUUUAGAAGACUUUUUGCAACAACUUCCAACAGAUUAUCUGGCUAAUAGGCAUACAAUUGAACUUUCUGAUAAUUCAUCAAAUGAAUCUGACGAUGGAGAUAAAGAUUUUAAAGUAGAUGAACCGUCAACGGAUGAUGAAGAUACUAUUAUGGAGCAAGAACGCAAAGAACGAGGGACCAAUCAUAAGCAAGAGAUUAAAGAUCUUCAAGCGGACAAUGAUUUAACUAUUGAAGAAUUAAUGGCAAAAUAUAAUAAAACAGCUACACAGCCAAUGGAAGUAUCAGAUGAUGAAGAAUCAACUCCUGAUGAGCUCGAAUCUGAGAAAGGAAAGAACUCAGACAAGAACUCAGAGGUUAAUGAUCAGGGAACUUCUGAUGAUGACACCAGUUCUCUUUUAAGUGGAAACGAAAACGUUGAUUUAAAGAUUCUUUUCGAUGAAAAAGUGGAAGAUAAUGAUGAGCUUUUAAAUGAUGCAGCAGCAAUUGCAGAAAGUAUUCAACCUAAGGGAAAUACACUCUCAUCUACAAGUGUUGUAACACCAAUCCCAUUCCUUCUCAAACAUUCGUUGCGUGAGUAUCAACACAUCGGCUUGGAUUGGCUUGUAACGAUGCAUGAUCGAAAAUUGAAUGGCAUUCUAGCUGAUGAAAUGGGUUUAGGAAAAACAAUUCAAACUAUUGCUUUAUUAGCUCAUUUAGCGUGUGUUAAAGGAAAUUGGGGACCGCACUUAAUCAUCGUUCCAUCCUCUGUAAUGUUAAAUUGGGAAAUGGAAUUCAUGAAAUGGUGUCCAGGUUUUAAAAUUCUUGUCUAUUAUGGCUCUCAAAAAGAACGAAAGCUGAAAAGAAUCGGAUGGACAAAAGCAAAUGCGUUUCAUGUGUGUAUAACGAGUUACAAGUUAGUAAUACAAGAUCACCAGAGUUUUCGUAGGAAAAAAUGGAAAUACUUGAUUUUAGACGAGGCACAAAAUAUUAAAAAUUUCAAAUCACAACGAUGGCAACUGCUUCUUAAUUUCCAAACAGAACAAAGACUGCUCUUAACAGGAACUCCACUACAAAAUAAUUUAAUGGAACUAUGGUCACUUAUGCAUUUUUUAAUGCCACAUGUAUUUCAAUCACAUCGUGAAUUCAAGGAAUGGUUCUCAAACCCUAUGACAGGUAUGAUUGAGGGUAAUUCGGAAUACAAUGAGUCCAUUAUUAAACGGUUACAUAAAGUCUUACGGCCAUUUUUGUUAAGACGUUUAAAGUGCGAAGUGGAAAAGCAAAUGCCCAAAAAGUACGAGCAUAUUGUUAUGUGUCGUUUAUCAAAAAGACAGCGCUAUUUGUAUGAUGAUUUCAUGAGUCGCACAAAAACAAAAGAAACACUUGCUUCUGGAAAUUUACUAAGUGUUAUAAAUAUUUUGAUGCAAUUACGAAAAGUUUGUAAUCAUCCAAAUUUAUUUGAAACUCGUCCUACAAUAUCGCCUUUUCGUAUGGAUAAAAUUAUUAUUCGGGUCCCAUCAUUGGUGUGCGAUUUGUUAGACUACAAUCCAAUGAGUCAUGUUGAUUUAUACAGUUUGAAUCUGCUUUUACUUGAAUUAGAAUUGUGUCUUACCGCAUAUGUUUCGCACAAAAUAAAGAAAACACAAACUCCCCGAAAACUAAUAGAAGAAAUUGAUGCAGCAGCUGAUUCACCACCUAUUUGUCCCAGAAUGGAAAUGCGUAUGCGUGUUAGAAUCAGGAAUGACGAAGUAGCUAGGCGUAUCGCAACAUCAACACUGGAAAAUGUUAAAGUUGGUACAAGUCCUGUUAUGAAAAUUGAUGGUUCAAAAUUAGUUGCAAAAUUUGUAAAAAAGUCAGAUCAAAAAAUUCUGAGAGAACAGCCAAUGAAUAUUGAUACUCCAUCUUCAAUAAAUUAUACGCAACAACCAUCUACUAAUAUACUACAUAAUCGUCGAAAACAAUUACUCCGCAGUGUUCAGCAUUCAAAUUCUAAACAACUACAUGAAUUGACACAACCAUUAGCAAAUGCUUUAGUUGAUCAAUUAAAACACCAUUCGUAUUCGAGUCCUCUCGUCGAUAAUCCCGAGGAAGAAAAAUUUAAACAAACAAACUCUGAAUAUUAUCUUGCAAAAAUAGAUCAAAUUCGAAAAGAACGACGGAAACACGUUCUAGAAAUGUUAGCAAACUUCAAUAAACGUAAGUGUUCCGCUCAGCCAAUCCUUGGUUCUGACUUGCGAACCACUCUCUCAAAUGUUGAUGAUUUUUCAAUGAAUCCAUCUACACCCUUCAUUACCGCAAGUUAUGUGAAUUGUAAAAAAUUUAUUGGUAAACAAUGGAGUCUCUCGAAGUCACUGAAAACAGUUCAGAAACGGGCCAAAGAAUUAGAACCAUUAUUCAACAAUUUUGUGUUAUUCGUACCGGCUGUUUGCGCACCCACUCCUGAUAUUUAUAUAACCCAUCAGAAACCAUCAAAAGUGAAUGAGGAAAAAAUUAUCAACGAUGUGAUUAAGAGUGAACUAGGAGAAAAAAUGCAGUUACUGCAUCCUAUUGUAUCUGCAAUGAGUACACAGUUCCCUGACCCACGUUUAAUUCAAUAUGACUGUGGCAAACUUCAAACCCUCAACAAACUGUUGCGUGAUUUGAAAAGUGGUAAUCAUCGAGUCCUUAUCUUUACGCAAAUGACACGAAUGCUUGACGUGUUGGAAUCAUUCCUUAAUUAUCAUGGUCACAUAUAUUUAAGAUUAGAUGGAACAACGCGGGUCGAACAACGCCAAGUUUACAUGGAAAGAUUCAAUAAUGACAAACGAAUAUUUGCUUUUAUUUUAUCUACGCGAUCUGGUGGCGUUGGCAUAAACUUAACAGGAGCUGAUACUGUGAUAUUUUACGAUUCCGAUUGGAAUCCCACAAUGGAUGCACAGGCUCAAGACAGAUGUCAUAGAAUUGGCCAAACGCGCGAUGUACACAUUUAUAGACUAGUAAGCGAAAAAACCAUCGAGGAAAAUAUCUUAAAAAAAGCAAAUCAAAAACGUUUGUUAGGUGACUUAGCAAUUGAAGGGGGCAACUUUACAACCGCUUAUUUCAAAAGUUCAACAAUUCAAGAUCUGUUCUCAGUAGAUACAACAGAAGAUGUAUCAGCAAGACUAGCUGAUGUUGUCGAUCGUGAUCGCGAACGGAAAGAUCAAUUUAAUAAGAAUUUAAAAGAGAAUAGCGAUACAGAAGAAAACAUUACCAAUGUUAUGUCUACAACAAACGUUGGCAUGUUUGAAUCUGCAUUAGCUACAGCAGAAGAUGACCAAGAUGUUGAAGCAGCAAAAAUGGCAAGAGAUGAAGAAGCUGCUGAACUUAAUGAAUUCGAUGAAAAUAUACCAAUUACUGAAGAAGGAAAUAAUGCAAACCAAAAAGAUGUAGAAAUAAGCAAAGCAGAGAGAGAAAUUCAAGUCAUAAUUAAUCAGCUUAAUCCUGUGGAGAAGUAUGCGAUGCGAUUCGUUGAAGAUACUAAGGAAACUUGGACAGCUAUACAACUAGAAGCAGUAGAAAAGGAAAUAGAACAACAAAAACGUGAAUGGGAAGCUAAUCGUUUAGCUGAAUUACAACGUGAAGAAGAAGAGAGAAGAGAAAAAGAAAAUGAAGAUAACACAAUGCUUACGUACUCAUUGGAAGAUUCAAGAAAUCAGAUUUGGAUUUCAUCUAAUACCGGAGAACUAAUGCCAAUGUGGUGUCCACCGACCCCACCACAAGAUGACAACGAUAUUUAUGUAGAUUAUUCAUUAGGGUUUCUGUAUGAAACAGAAGUAAUUCCAGAACAUGAGCUUCCACCUAUAUAUACAAAGAAAGAUUGUAAACGGUUGCGUCUCGAAUCAAAUUUCUAUAGUGAUGGCCGCCGUUCAGUCAAAAUGCGGAAAGAGGAUCAUUUUUAUGCUCCACGUUCGCUGUUUGAUCGCCCGCCUCCUGCAUUAGCAAAGAUGCGACGUGAACUACAACGAAAUCGUGGAAUAUUUCGUUCUAUUCAGGUUCCAGGACUUAAGACACAAAUCUCACUUAAAUCAUUAACAGAACCUGAAGGAAUGUCUGAAUGGAGUAUAUAUGAAGAUAAUGCUAUUUUAAGCGUGAUUCAGAAUUUGCAAGGACUACCCUUGAGCUUAAUUCUAAUAUCUCCCGGACAUACGCCCAAUUGGGAUUUGGUUGCAGACAUUGUAAAUCAAUCAUCUCGCACAUAUAGAUCACCAAAACAAUGUCGAUAUAGAUACGAAGCUGUGAUUGUUCCUCGCGAAGAAGGAAAAACCAUAGAAUCACCAAAAAAACAAAAGAAAAAUAAAAGCGGUUUGAAAAACUCACCCUUAAAAGGUGCAAAAACUAUGCGUACUUCCCAAUUAUAUUCUUCCGACAACAAUACUUCUUUUACUAAAUAUUCUCGUCAAAAAUUUGAUGUUAUAAAAGCUACAUUUUUGAAAAAAGGUCCUCAGCCUAAACAAAUUUUGGUCAAUCCCCAAUUUAAAAAUCCAAAACAUGCACAGCUUCUAGCUGACUUUGGAAUAACCAGUUAUGAUGUACCUUUGAAACCGCAAGAGAUUGCGGCUAAACGCAUAGAAAGGAUAUCUAAAGAAAAACAAAAGGCUGCAAUGCAUCAGAGUCCAGAUAACAUGCUACAGCAAACGAAUCCUCACCAAGUACAUUCACCACAACCACAGACACAAAUGAUUCAAGUACAGCCAGGAACCCCUAUACAAGCUUCUACUCAAUCACCAAUGACUCCUGUACCGCAACUAGUCGUUCAACAAGCCAAUACAACUUCACCAGUUACAACACUUAUGUCAACUAGUGCCAUACAGGUGAGCCGAGGACAACCGGCAAAUAUGACUAACACCGCUCAUACGUCACAAAUAGUCAAAGCGAUAGUUGCUAGUGGACAGCAAGGCCAACAGCUUAUGCAACAAAUUACCAUAGCUGAUCGUUCUCAGAGUGGAACACAACCACUUACAGGUCAGGGAAAUCAGAUUUUAAAUCCGAGUAGCGUAUCUGUUGUUCUUUCGUCCCCUGUUUCAACUGUAACUACUGGUCCGAUUCCUCAACCGCAAAUUGUUUCCAUACAACAAGGUAGCGUUGGUAUACAAAGCCCGACAAUUGUAUCUCAAGCACAAAUCAUGCAAUCUGUUGCAUCACAAUCAUCGCAAGUUGUUUCAGUUUCUUCACCCUCUGUGGCAACACUUACGACUCAAUCGUUGCGCACACAAAGAAUCGUAGCUUCAGGGUUACAAGACAUUGUUUUACAUCAACGACAGCCUGGUACACAGUCUUCUCCCACGGUCGUUUCCGUUUCAAGUCUUACACCGAGUCAACUUUCUGCCAUGAGACUGUCAAUGAGUGGUACUCAACAAGUUUCGAAUGUUGCAGUUGCAAAGAGUAUUCCCGUAGGAACUGUUGUGACUUCUGGAAAACCUGGAAGCUCCCAAAUACAAUUUUAUCGGCAACCAAUACGACAACAAGUUAAAGUAGUUCACGCAAAUACCGGACAACCUACGGGUCAAACUGCAUUGGUAGCUGGACCAGGUGGACUAGUUACAAAUAUACAAGGUGGUAUUCAAGUACAAGGCGGAACACAAAAAGUCCAAGGAAUUGCAUCUGCUGGUGUUACUACGGGAGGCACCCAAGUUCAAACCGUAGCAACAGUACAAAUGACUCCGUCACAAUCUCGUGCUCAGUUCGUCAAACCCGUAAAUGCUGGAAAACAAAUAACGCGACAAAUUUCCGAAGGUGACAUGCAAGCUGUAAUGGUGAAACGUCCGGUAGUAGGACAACAUAAAACACAGUUAAUGCCACAAACACAAAUUUUUUCGUCGGGUGUCCAAGUUCAACAAGCUAGCACCUCUACACAAGGGCAAAUCGCUACUUUGGUGAAAACUUCAUCGGGCCUCGCCACAAGUAUCCCAUUAUCACAAGUAAAGGCAGGUCAAAUAAAAACUGGAAAUGUAAACGCAACACAAGUUCGGCAAAUUCAAUUACACCAACCUACAUUACUCACACAGCAAAGGAAAACUGGAAAAGUUACACAAAUUGCUCAAGUUGGCAAAACGACCUCGCUUCCUACACAAUUAAUUGUACAAAAUGCAAAAAAUAUACCGGGAACGGUUACUGUUCAACAAAUUCAGCCUGUUUUCAGACAUGCACAGCCUGGACAAACACUACAAACAAGCCAAAUAAUGCUCGGAAAAAAUGUAGGACGAAUGAUUCCAGUCUCUGUUGGGCCACAAUCUAGUACACGACAAACAAUUCAGGUGGUGACAGGAUCUCCUGGAACAAGUAAUUUACGAGCCCAUCAAAAUUUCCUACAGGGUGCAAUAAAGGUAUCCAAUGCAAGUCCACAACAAGCCAUAAUAACAGCUUUGCAAAAUCCAGGACAGCGCUCAAAUCAAAGCCCUGUUAGACUUCAAACCAGUGGGUCAUUGGUCGCUGUAACUGUUCAACAAUCUCCCAAUUCGCAGCAAUCUCAAAUGCAAAGUGUUGGAACAUCUGGACCUUUAGCCAGUGAAGAAAAUCAAGUUCCAACAGGCCAUCAUAUUAGUACACAAGGUCAAGCUCAACAAAUUGGCAAAUCACUAUCAGGACCAGCGUCUUUUCCUGGGCAGCAACAGGGGAAGUAAAAGUUUGGCAAAUAAGUAAGCAGCUGCUAAAAACUUCAUACUAACUUAAAAUUUAUUAGAUAAAAUUAAGAAAUUCGUAAAAUAAAGUAAAACUCUUAAAAUUUCUGGCUAAGUUGAUUUUUAAUAAGAAGAGGGUUCAUAUUUUGUAGUUUUUAUUUAAAUACAUAUAAGCAUAGCUAUUUUGCUAAUUUAAUUUAUAAAGCAAGUAUUAGAGUUAAAAUAAACUCAAGAAUAUUUUGUGAUCAUAUAUAUAUUAUAUAUGUAUAUAUGUAUAGAUAUGAAUAAAUA